AAUAAUACAGAAAGUUGCAGUCCCAUCCAGGAUUGUGACAACGGCAAAAAACGAACGAGAGAAAUCUUGUCUGGUGAUGAUGAAGAGGUACAGUAACGACAGCCAUGCAUACCGUAGUACAUAAUAGGAACAGGCAAUUGUUUUGCAUCAAUACGUAAUUAAACCCUUUUUGAAUACAUGUAUUUAGUAAUUUAGUAGCAAAGCUAUUGAGGGAAGAGCCUGGGAACGAGGUUGAGCUAUUGUACGUUUAAGGGGGGAAAAUAAAUAAAAUAAAAUAAAAGUAGAAAGCUAUGAUUUCAAUUUGAUAGAAGCUUUUAUCUCAAUCUUCUCUACAAGUAUAAUUUUAUGUUUACGUUUUCUAGAUUGGUGCAAGUUCUCAAAAGAGAAGACGUGUUUAUAUGUCUGCAGGUGAUGAUCCAGAGAACAUUGAACGUUCCUCUUCAGAGGACAUUUUAUCUUAUUGUAAUUCGGCAUUACAGGAGGUAUGGUUUCGCUCUCAUUGUAUUUACUGUACUCUCUCAGAAACCACAUGAGCAUUACAAAAUGAAGGUUGUCUAAUAUUAAUCUAUGCAAAUUUAUAAGUAGAAAUGAGAACUUGUAAAUUUACGCAUCAUGCCUGCAUGAGUAUACAUUUUUGGAGCUCGCCGGACACAGCCGGAUAAGACCACUUUUCUGUCGAACAUGGUCUAAUAAUUGUGUUAAUUUCAUAUCGAUGUACAUGUAUCCAACAUAAGUUAAAUAUUUUUGCAACGAAUUUUCCUUGUGCGAGCCGCGAAGAUGAAAGCACUUCAAGGCCAUCGAUUUAUUGUGCAUAGUUAUUUAAUCCAAUGCUAUAAAAGUAAUUAAAUUUACGAUUUAUCAGAUUUAACAUUGACUGUAACAGUGUAGGUAUUUCUGUUUAACGCAACGGGACCAGCCGUACGAUUCUUUUAUAGGCAUUAUAGUCUUACAUUAAUACACGAUCUACUUAUAUCGUAAUGGCAUUACAUGACAAGUUCCAUUACAACUUGCACCAGUGCCUUAGUUAAUAUUUGUUCAUUAAUCAUUGUUUAUUCUUGCAUCAAUUUUUCUUCCAGCAUCCAUGCUCAUUUAUGCCAGAUAUAAAUAGCAAAGAAAAUCAAAAUCCAAGAAUAAAUCCAGCUCAUCAAUCUGAUUUUGAAUUGAAUGCUAACACUGAUGUAAACUCUUCCCAAAAUGAAACUGAGACGGGAAACAGUGAAAACAAAAUUCAAGAAAAGCAACGUAAUGACAAUAUUUUACACAAAGAAAAGGACAUUGGAACUAGUAUGUCUAACAUAAUUUUAAGUACAAAUUCAGAGAUAUCGCAAAAAGAUGAAAAGGCAAGCACUUCUGAAGUUAAGGAGAACACAGAUUUAUCCAAAGUCGACCCCUCGCUCGAUAUAAAGCAUGAAAACGUAGAAAAAGACAUAUUAUCGGUUGUCUUGGAGACUCAAAUGGAUAAAAUAUUGCCUAAGUCAAGCUCAUAUGUCCAACAGGAGACAGAAGAAAUGGAAUGUACGACCUCGGAAAGCCAGGCAACAUCCAGUGCUAUUGAUAUUAGUAGUACUAUUACUUCUGAGGGCGGAAAUCAGCCAACGUCGAGUAUUAUCUCUGAUAGAACUACGACUUCUGAAGACGAUAACCACUCAACAUCUAGUGUUAUCUUGAACGAUAGUAGUACAAUGAUCUCUGAAGACGAGAAUCAGGUAAACUCGAGUGUUCCCUUGGAUGAUGGUAAAAACAAUACGCACGAUAUCGACAAUGCAGACGAUAAUCAGCUUGUGCCCGAUGUUAUAUGUAAAACAGAGGGAAACGAAGUUAAUAAAUUAGGUUAUGGUAAAGAAAGGAAUGAGACUGCAAGUGGAGAUCAAGUCGUUGACGAAAACAACGAGACAGACAAAACAUGCGAAGAAGAUGACAUGCUGAUUGCCAAGCAGAUAGCCGAGGGUGUUCUUACAGACACAAUGUUAGAUCAAGAAAAAAAACUUCAUCAAGAACAUUUGGAAGAAGAAAAAGAAAUUGUAACCAAG